GAAAGUUUUUAUUUUUAUCCGCAGCCAGACAGAAAAAAGGCCCACUCACAGACCACAGUCGGUACAUAUAUAUGAAACGCACGCUCCGUUCCUUUCCCCUCUAGCGAUUCUCUCUAGCACCGGAAACCUCCAAAAGCGCCGGGGGAUUCCCAUGAAACCCAACAUUUUCUCUCCCACCCGAAAUCCCUACCCUCUGAAUUUUCUCUCACUCUCCCGACAGUUACCCCAAUCCUCUCCCGCGCCGCCGCAUUUCUUUCGCUCAUCACUCCCUCAAUUUUUCGUUGAUGCUCGCAACCUGGAGUUAGGGUUUCUGGAUUAGUGUGAUUAUUAUUUGUUCUGAUAUUUAUAGAUUUUAGGUUAGGGUUUUGAAUUUGGAAGGGUUUUUGAAGGGGGAAAUUGUCGAAGAUGGGCAGCGUGGAUCGAGUUGAUGACUUGACAUUUAAGGUUAAUUUUAGCGGAGAUGGAGCAGCCAAGUUGAGAGAGAGAGUCAAGGAUAAACUCAAGGAGUUUAUGGGCGACUACACUGAUGACACUCUUGUGGAAUAUGUGAUUGUCUUAUUGAGAAAUGGUAGACGUAAAGAUGAAGCAAGGAAUGAGUUGAAUGUUUUUCUUGGGGAUGACAGCGAUUCUUUUGUCUCCUGGUUGUGGGAUCAUCUGGCUUCAAAUUUGGAUCUAUAUGUUCCUUCUCAGGAACCUCAUGGGGAAGAAGCAGCCAAAACAAGAUGCAUACUGGGGAACCAGCUGGCUGGUGCUGAUGCUCAAUUGGAUUCUGAUUCUGAAAGAGGAAAGUCUACUAAGUUGGCUAGGAACCGGCACAAUAGGGAGUGGAAGGGCCUAGUUCAGGAUGCUUCUGAACCACCUCCUCUUCGGAGCUCUGAGGUUGAGAAUAUUCGUUUUGAGGAAAAAACUCGUCGAAAAGUAAGCCGUGGAAGAUCUUCCUCCCCUCGUCCUAGUCAGAAGAAAAGGAGCAGAAUUGAUGACCGACAACCUAUAAAGAGGGAGGAAGUUUCUCAGAUGACCAUAGAUGCCCCUAGGCGGCUGCUUCAGUUUGCAGUGCGAGAUGCAGUUGGAACUUCAAGGUCACCUAUUUCAGCAAAAGAGUCCUCAUUCAAGCGCCUUCGGUCUGUGGUGUCAACAUCUUCUGGAGAUUCAUCACUACCUGAUCGUCCUAGGAGAAUUCGGUCUGUUGCGAGAGUGCCAAAUCUGAUGACAACAAUGCUUAAAGCUGUGGCAGAAGCUGCUGAAGAUGUGGCAAAGGUCAAAACUGCUGGAAGUGUGUUUGACAGGCUUGGUCCUGGAAUGGAUGUUUUGAAGACCCAUGACCGACAUGCGGCAUAUAGAGAAUCUCUUGCUGAGGAUGAAGAGUAUGGAGAUCUUAAGCAACCACUGGAGAAUAUCCAAUCAGCAUAUCUUCAAAGAAAUGAGUAUGCGGGACAACAUGUCGGUAACAUGACAGCAUUAGAAAGUCAGACUGUGUUGGCUUUAGAUUCUCUGUCUGACAAUGAAGCAUAUGAUGAUGUUAAUGUUGCUGGCCAUGGAGUUAUGGAUGUGUCUCAGACUGGUACAUCUAGUGGAAACAAGGGUGAUAACUCACUUGUGGUGCAAUACAGUGUAGCUAGGCAUGAUGAACUCAUGCAAAGAACAAGGAACAAAGACCACAAUCAAUCUACUGCAGCAGCAAAUACUUCUCGUAAGAUAGUCAACAGUUCUGUCAAUGUAAAUACUUGGAAACCACCUCAUUAUCAAGAGCCAAGGGAGGUUUCAGAAUUUGGCAGUCAAAGUUCUCUUCAGGAGAUUGAAGCAGUCGCUAGCAAAUCUAAUCUUAGAUUGAUGAAGGAGAAUGGCAACCCUGUUACUGUUGGUAAUGGAAAUGUAAAAAGUGCUGGUGAUAUUCAAGAAAUGCCUCAGAAGACAGUGCAGUCUUUUUCUGUUCCCUAUGCUGCUGCACGACCUUUAGAGGAUGCUGAUUCUCGGACGAUCUUUGUAAGCAAUGUUCAUUUUGCUGCUACCAAGGACAGUCUUUCUCGGCAUUUUAAUAAGUUUGGGGAAGUGCUAAAAGUUGUUAUAGUUACAGAUGCGGCGACAGGGCAACCAAAAGGGUCAGCUUAUGUGGAGUUUAUGCGUAAGGAAGCAGCAGACAAUGCUUUAUCCCUUGAUGGUACCUCUUUCAUGUCACGGAUUCUUAAGGUUGUGAAGAGAAGCUCUGCUCAUCAAGAAGCUGCUCCUGUCAUGACAUGGCCCCGCAUUGCCCGAGGCUCUCCAUUUGCUGCUGCAAGGUUUGCUAGAGCCCCUUUUCCCAGAGGUAUCCCUGGUGCAUAUAGGCCUCGCCUUCCUUUUAAGCCUGGUGCCAGAAGCUUGCAGUGGAAGCGUGAUGCUCAGGCCACUCCAGCCGAUGCUGCUGCUUCGUUCACUGGGAACAGUGUUUUUUCUCCCACUGCCCGCAGUCUCACCUAUGUCCGAACAGAGCCUAAAUCGGAGGGGAAUGCCAGUAGCUCCUAGUUCAGUCUGUCAUUUCUCAAAUUCCUGCCCCGGGGUUGCAUCAAUUUUUGUUGAAAUGUUUGAAUAUGACUGCACCAAGUAUCUUACGGAUCAAAGGAUGGAGAUAAGUCCAACCCAUUCUUUUAUUUUUAGAAACGUGAUGAUUCUUCAACUUCUGGAGACAUUUCUAGAGUAGAGAUGUAUGUAGAAGUGGCAAACCGGUCUUCUGUGAGCAAAUUUUGCUAUUCCAGGCUUUUUCUUUUUUCUUUUUUUUUUCUUUAAAGUGGGGUGGGUUGAAUGGGGCAGGGGAGUUUGGUUUUUGAUAUGGGAGGAAGCAAGGGUCAGUGGUUGGAAUAACGUUCAUGCCCCAAGUUAUAUAUACGUUAGAUUUGAAUUUGUGAAUAGGGUGGAUGGGUAGUUGUCUUUUGUUUGAGGGCUUAUGUUUUAGUUUUUCUUCGACUUUUAUAUUAUAAUAUAAGGAAAAAAAAGGAAAAAAUAGAAGAAAAUGAACAAAAAAGAAGAAAAGUUAAGGAAAAAGGAGUUUGCCUCAAA